GCCGGAACUCUACCGACGGCUAAAGAAGCUCAAGCUGUGGCUGAUGAUGUCUUCUCUCUGUUUAUAAGUGAAGAAGUCGACAAAGUCGAGCUCUUGUACACAAAGUUUGUGUCUUUGGUCAAGUCAGAACCCGUGAUCCACACGCUACUGCCUCUAUCGCCUAAAGGAGAGAUCUGUGACAUUAAUGGGAACUGUGUUGAUGCUGCGGAAGAUGAGUUGUUCAGGUUAACGACGAAAGAAGGGAAACUGACUGUUGAAAGAGAGACUUUUAGGACACCAACCGCUGAUUUCUCUCCCAUCUUGCAAUUCGAGCAAGACCCUGUUCAGAUUCUUGAUGCUUUGUUGCCUCUGUACCUUAACAGUCAGAUUCUUAGGGCUUUGCAGGAGUCGUUGGCUAGUGAGCUUGCAGCUAGAAUGAGUGCAAUGAGCAGUGCUUCGGAUAAUGCAUCGGAUCUUAAG